GAAAAUGGCGGCGCCAGUCAUCGAAACAUGCCAUGUCGCCUUCUCUGCAAACGAGACUGCAAAUGUUGUGUCUUGGGGCCGAGGAUGGAUCGCUGCCAUCGGAACUCAACAGUCCAUCGUUCUGUAUGAUGUGAAGGGCAUGAAAGUGUUGAAUGUGCUGAAUGGACACACCAAGCGAGUGAACGCGGUGCAGUGGGUGCAAAGACAGUACUGUGCUCCAGAGACACACCUUGUUUCCGGAGGUUCAGAUAAUUGUGUUCUUAUCUGGGAGGUUCAAAACAAUGAGCUUAUUAGACGAGUGGAGUGUAAGGGUCACACUGGUGGAGUCUUUGCAGUGGAUGGCAUCUGCCUCAACCCCUCAGAACUCCUGUUUGCGUCCUCAUCUGCAGACUGCACUGUCAGACUUUGGCUCUUUAAAGGAUCACAGGAUGUCGAGUGUCUCCAUGUCCUCACCUUUGGACGGGGUUUCAUGAUGGACGUGGCUCUCUCGAUAUUACCCGGCAGCAAUGUUCCAGUACUGGCCUGCGGGGGAGAUGACACAAACGUUCAUCUGUAUGUUGAGAAUGAAAAAGAGCUCAAGAAGGUCUUGACUUUGCAAGGACAUGAAGACUGGGUACGAGGAAUCUCAUGGACAUGUAUUGGUGAAGAGCUGUUGCUAGCAAGCUGCUCACAGGAUGCGACCAUCAGAGUGUGGAGACUGUGGGCCAAGUCUCAGUCCAGUGCGUGUGCAGGGGAUGAUGACAAAAUCAAAAUGAAAGAGGAGGUUUUUAAUGUGAAGGAGUCAGAUAUGUGUUAUGCUGUGUCCCUUGAGACAGUCUUAUUGGGCCAUGAGGGGUGGGUGUAUGGAAUCCACUGGCACCCUCCAACGUAUACAGGCGAUGAGCUAAAACAACCUCUUAGUCUGCUGUCAGCUUCCAUGGACCAAACAAUGGUCCUCUGGUCUCCUGACAAGGAAUCUGGGCAGUGGGUGGAGAAGGUGCGUGUCGGUGAAGUUGGUGAGAACACGAUGGGUUUCCUCGGCUGCCAGAUGAGUCCAGAUGGUUCAAUGAUGCUCGCUCAUGCUUAUCACGGAGCUCUGCAUCUGUGGAGCAAGGACCAGGACAAGGAGGAGUGGAAGCCCACUGUUGUGACAUCCGGUCACUUUGAUGAGGUCCAGGACCUGAGCUGGGACCCCGAGGGAGACUUCAUCAUCACUGUGAGCUCAGACCAAACAGCCAGACUCUUCAGUCCAUGGAGGUCUAAGGACAGCAAAGAGGUCACUUGGCACGAGGUCUCCCGGCCUCAGAUCCAUGGAUACAACAUUCAGUGCCUGGCGAUGGUUGGGAGGUUCCAGUUCGUGUCUGGAGCGGAUGAAAAGGUCUUGCGCGUCUUUCAGGCUCCGCUCAACUUUGUGAAUAACUUCGCAAACAUCUCAGGUUUCUCUGUGGAGGAACUGAUGACCUCAGAUAACCGUGCCAGCCUUCCUGAAGGUGCCAGCACACCGGCUUUGGGUUUAUCCAACAAGGCUGUUUAUCAAGGAGAUCUUGCGGUGAAAGCUGAACAGGCUGCAAGUCAGGCAGACAGAAUCUCUGACCAAUACAAAGAGCCGGACUUCCACCCGCGCAACAUCACUGAACCCCCCCCUGAGGAUUAUCUGCACCAGAACACACGCUGGCCCGAAAUCCAGAAACUGUACGGUCACGGCUUCGAAAUGUUCUGUCUGGCGUCUGACCGCGCGAGGACAGUGGUGGCGUCUGCUUGCAAGGCAACUAAAGCUGAACACGCCUCUGUGCUGCUAUGGAGCACCAGGACCUGGCGGCAGCUGCAGACUCUCUCCUACCACACGCUCACCGUCACCCAGCUGGCCUUCUCCCCAGACUCACAGCUGCUGCUCGCCGUGGCCCGGGACCGGACCUGGUCCCUGUGGAGGCGGAACCAACCGGAGUCAGAGAGUGAAGAGCCUGGUUUCUCUCUGUACACACAGACAGGGAAGGACACGACGCUACACGAGCGGAUCAUCUGGUCAUGUGACUGGAGCCCCGACAGCAGAUACUUCGCCACGUCCAGUCGGGACAAGACGGUGAUUGUGUGGGGCCCCUGCAGGGAGCUGGAGUCUAGAGACCUGAUGCAGGCGGAUAAGAUCAAAUGCUGCUCAGUCCUAAGCGUGGGCGACUCUGCCACAGCCGUGGCUUUUUGUCCUGUGGUGCACACGGACAGAUACCUGCUGGCUGUGGGUCUGGAGUGUGGCAGGGUUGAGCUCCACAGCUGGACCCCCGGAGCCCCUGCUGGAGGGCAAGACUGGAGCAGAUGUGGUGAAACAGACCACUCACAGAGCCACACGGCCGCAGUCAAGAGGCUCCGUUGGAGGCCCAGACCGGGCCGGGCCGGUCACCAGAAUGACAAGUGUGCCAGUGUGAACGGAGAGAAAGGAGGACAGAGUGAGACGGGGGAGAGCUGCCGGGUCCAGCUGGCCAGCGCCAGCGCCGACCGCUCUGUCAAGAUCUUCAGCGUCAACACUCGGACUCUUCAGCAGCAGUGACACCGGCCUGCGCUUGGCCAGGACCCGACGGGUCAGCCCGGGCCAACCGGGCCGCAGCUGCUCACUGGCAUCUCUUCCACAUCCAGUGACUGCCGGUCAAGUGGUGGGUCAGUUCAGACUGGAGGGUUGUGGUGGACACGUCUGGUCUGCAGAGUUGAGCGGGAGUGAUCUUGUUUAACAAGGUCCUUCAU